CAGCCAAUUUGUUACGUCACAAACAAGUUCCAACUGUUGUGGUGGUAGAAGACAUAAAACGUAAUAAAGUCGAUGAAUUCACGAUUUUCCGAAAAGAUUUCGAGAUGAAACGUGUAGGAAGUAAAGGAGUUAUUGCAGCUGAUUGUUACUGCAAGAUCAGAUUGCUGGAUGAUUCAGAAAUAACGUGCGAAUUCAAGAAAGACUCCACUGGUCAAGUGGUAUUUGAUCAGUGUUGCAAAGAACUUGAUCUAUUGGAGAAAGACUAUUUUGGCUUAAGAUAUGUGGAUGCUGACAAACAAAGACAUUGGUUGGAUUUCAACAAAAAUCUCAUUAAACAAAUGAAAUCAAAACCACCAUACACCCUUUUUUUCCGUGUAAAAUUCUACCCACAAGAUCCUGGAAAACUUGUGGAAGAAAUAACAAGAUAUCAUCUUUUUGUUCAAGUAAAACGUGAUAUACUCCAUGGCAGGUUACUUUGUUCCUUUAAUGAUCUAGCUGAUCUUGGAGGUUAUAUAGUUCAAGAUGAGCUGGGAGAUUAUGAUCCAGUCGAACAUGGGGAAGGAUAUUUAUCAGAUGUUCGUGUUGUACCAAAGCAGAAUGAAAAGCUGGAAGAAAAAAUUGGUGAAAAUCAUAAACUUCUCAGUGGCAAAACACCAGCAGAUUGUGAGAAAGAAUUUCUUGAGAAAGUGAAACUAUUAGAAAUGUACGGCGUGGAUCCCCAUCCUUGCAAGGAUCAAGAAGGAGUACAGUUAUACUUGGGUCUUACACCGGAAGGAAUUGCCAUUAUACGUGAAGCAAAGAAAGUUUCUGGUUUUCCAUGGGUGGAUGUGUUGAAAGUCUCUUACGAUAGCAAGGUUUUUUACGUUCAAAUUCUAAAAGAAGAGGGUAAAGGGAGUUACGGAUUUCGUCUUCCCGAUCACGGAGCCUGCAAACAUUUAUGGAAAUGUGCAAUUGAGCAUCACACAUUUUAUAGAAAUGAAGUUAAACCAGGAAAAGUCCAUCGAUCUUCUGGUCUUUCUCCUCAAAGAUUGUUCAAACGUCAUUCAAAGUAUCAGUAUAGUGGUCCUACCCAAGAUCAAGUGAUUAAGGAAAGUCUUAGCAUACAGCGUAUCAGCACCGAAAUAAAAAGGACGCCUAGCAUUCGAAUUGCAAGUAAACAGGACCUAGUGAAGAAGGCACCUGAGACCCCAGAAAAUAGCAGUAGUGUAGAAACUGUUCCUAGUGCUGAGAGCCCAAGUAACACCACACCGGCUCCUGAUCCGUUAAAGAGUUUGAAACUGAGCAUAUUCCAGAAGUACCGCAUGAUGAUCAUAGUACUUCGGUGCAUGACAUUGAUGAAGUGGAUACACAAGUGAAUGGGAAGAAUGGCACAGUAAAGGAUGUUGAUGCAAUGAUCGAAACUCCAAAUCCUGAAAGCGGGAACAGAGCUGGUCUUACUUUAUUGUUUGUGUUGUUAUUACUAGCCCUUUUAAUCAUUCCAAUAGCUGUUGUGUUUCAAAGUUACAAGGAAGGGGUUGUGUCAUCAAAGACCUUUCAGAGCUUUGCCGCCUGGCUUGGGUCUGUUACUGGAAUCUAAAACUUCGAUAUUAGCGACCAUUUGAUAUGUGACGUCGUCCGAUUUGACGUUGGUGUAUCAGUUAAAACAGUGAGCAAUAUUAUAUUUAUAACAUAGUAUUCUUUCACUUGUAAUAAUCGAUUUAAUUAGUUGCAAUACAUUUUAUUUUUUUUCCUUGUAAUUAUGGUAAGUAAUUCUAAAUGAAGAAAAUUCCACACUUUUGAUGUGGUGGUAACCAUAAGGAUGUACCUAAUAUCGUUCAAUGCUUCGGUUUUAACUAUAUGUAAACCGUGGAUUUACCAGUAUGAUUGCUUAGGUUAUUUACACUUCAGUAUCAUUGUAUAACUUUCAUAGUGUCAAGUUUUUAUCCCAAAUAAAUGGAAAAAAGCAACUAA